CUUGCCGCCCUCGCCGACGGGCUGCCCCUCCGCCCCCUCCCCCCCAAGGCCGGCCCCAGAGACCCCUCCCUGCCUCACGCCCCCAAGCGGGUCCACGGCCUCACCCCUCCCGAGGCCGCCAAGGCCGUCCAGAAUGCUCUCCGCUACUUCCCCAAAGAGUGCCACUGCGAGCUGGAGGCCGAGUUCCGGCAGGAGCUGGAGGAGUACGGCCACAUUUACAUGUACCGCUUCAGGCCAGGCUAUCCCCUUAAGGCCUACCCGCCUGAGGCCAUUCCUGCUAAACUUCCCGAGGCCAAGGCCAUCAUCCACAACAUCCUGAACAACCUCGACCCCGAGGUGGCCCAGUUCCCGCACGAACUGGUGACCUACGGCGGCAACGGGGCAGUGCUGUCGAACUGGGCCCAGUUCCACCUGGUGAUGCACUACCUGUGCCGCAUGGAGGAGGGGCAGACCCUGGUCCUCAAUUCGGGCCACCCCCAGGGCCUCUACCCCGCACCCCCUCACGCGCCCAAGCUCACCAUCUGCAACGGGCUCAUGGUGCCAAACUACAGCACCAUCGAACUCUAUGAGAAGCUCUACGCCAUGGGCUGCACCAUGUACGGCCAGAUGACUGCAGGCUCCUUCUGCUAUAUCGGCUCCCAGGGCAUCGUCCACGGCACCACCCUCACCCUCCAGAACGCAGCUCGCAAGUACCUGGCCCGCGAGGACAUGACCGGACUGGUCUUCGUCACCAGCGGGCUGGGCGGUAUGUCGGGCGCGCAGCCUAAGGCGGGUGACAUCUGUGGCUGCAUCACGGUGGUGGCAGAAGUAGCGGAGGCGGCCCUGCUGAAGCGACACAAGCAGGGCUGGGUGAAGUAAGUCUAAAGGGACCUUGACUCGCUGGUGACCCGCAUAAAGGAGGCCAAGUCCAAAAACGAAAAGACGUCGAUCGGGUUUUUGGGCAACGCGGUGGACAUGUGGGAGAGGCUGGCCAGCGAGGAGUAGAUGCUUGUCGAGCUGGGCUCAGACCAGACUUCCCUCCACAACCCCUUCGGUGGUGGGUACUACCCGGCCGGCUACUCCUACCAAGAGGCCAACGAACUUAUGGCCAGCAACCCUGCCAAGUUCAAAGAGUAGGUCCGCAGUUCCCUGCGGCGGCAGGUGGAGGCCAUAAACAAGCUGGCCAAGAGAGGCAUGAAGUUCUGGGACUACGGCAACAGCUUCCUGCUCGAGUCCAGCAAAGCCGAGGCGGCGAUCACUUCUGCGGACGGCUCGUUCAUCUACCCCUCCUACGUGGAGGACAUCAUGGGUGACAUCUUCGAGCUAGGCUUCGGCCCCUUCCGCUGGAUGUGCACGAGCACUGACCCUGCCGACCUACGCACCACCGACCAGUGCGCCCUCGCCAUCAUGAACGACCUGUAUAAGACUCAGCCCCCCCUCGUCCAGAGCCAGCUCAAGGACAACAUCCGAUGGAUCGAGCGCGCCGAAGAGAGUCGACUCGUAGUUGGCUCGCAGGCCCGUAUCCUCUACGCAGACCACCUCGGCAGGAUCAGACUCGCCGAGGCCUUCAGUGACCUGGUCUCGUCAGGAAAGGUCAAAGGCUCAAUUGUGCUUUCGCGGGACCACCACGACGUGUCGGGCGCCGACAGCCCCUUCCGCUAGACAGCCUCCGUGAAGGAUGGAUCGAUGUGGACUGCCGACAUGGCUUGCCAGAACUUCCUGGGGACCGGACUCAGGGGCGCGACCUGGGUGGCGCUGCACAAUGGCGGGGGGACAGGAUGGGGCAACGUGAUCAACGGCGGGUUCGGGUUCGUGCUGUGCGGGGCGGAGGGAGAGAAGGAGCGAGUGCGAGAGAUGCUGUUCUGGGACGUGGCGAACGGAGUGACACGGCGGGCAUGGGCGGGCGGAGAGAUGGCGCAGCACAACCUCGGCAGACUCAAACAGUUCAGCGACAAGUUCGUGCCCACCGAGCCGAGCCCCUGCGGAUCUAAAUGA